AUGCCGACCAAGAGGAGCGUGGGCACCCUGGGCGAGAAGGACCUCAGCGGGAAGAAGGUGCUCCUCCGCGCCGACCUGAACGUGCCGCUGGACGACGGCCAGAGGAUCGCCGACGACAACCGCAUCCGCGCCUCCGUGCCCACCAUCAACUUCCUCAUGGGCAAGGGCGCCAAGCUCAUCCUGGCCAGCCAUCUGGGCCGGCCAAAAGGUGUCACCCCGAAGUACAGCUUGAAGCCUCUUGUUCCACGCCUGUCUGAGCUUCUUGGAGUUGAUGUUGUGAUGGCGAAUGACUGCAUAGGUGAGGAAGUUGAGAAAUUAGCUACUGCUUUACCAGAUGGAGGUGUUCUACUUCUAGAAAAUGUAAGAUUCUACAAGGAGGAAGAAAAGAAUGACCCUGAGUUCGCCAAGAAACUAGCAUCUGUUGCUGAUCUUUAUGUAAAUGAUGCCUUUGGCACUGCACACAGAGCACAUGCUUCAACAGAGGGAGUUACCAAGUAUUUGAGGCCUGCUGUCGCUGGAUUUCUUAUGCAGAAGGAACUUGACUAUCUUGUUGGAGCUGUUGCCAACCCGAAAAAGCCAUUUGCUGCCAUUGUUGGUGGAUCCAAAGUGUCAACCAAGAUUGGGGUGAUCGAGUCUCUUUUGUCGAAGGUUGACAUCCUCAUCCUUGGUGGCGGUAUGAUUUACACAUUUUACAAGGCCCAGGGGUAUGCUGUUGGGAAAUCUCUUGUGGAGGAAGACAAGCUUGAACUGGCAAACUCUCUUACUGAGAUGGCCAAGUCGAAGGGGGUCUCUCUUUUGCUUCCCACUGAUAUUGUAGUAGCUGAUAAUUUUGCUGCAGAUGCUGAGAGCAAGAUUGUUCCUGCCUCUGCUAUUCCUGAUGCUUGGAUGGGUCUUGACAUUGGCCCAGAUUCUAUCAAGAAAUUCAGUGAAACUUUGGACACUACCAAGACUGUCAUCUGGAAUGGGCCGAUGGGAGUUUUCGAAUUUGAGAAGUUUGCUGCUGGCACCGAUGCGAUCGCGAAAAAGUUGGCUGAUAUCACAGCAAAAGGCGUGACAACCAUCAUCGGCGGUGGCGACUCUGUUGCUGCCGUCGAGAAGGCUGGUUUGGCGAGUAAGAUGAGCCACAUUUCGACCGGAGGUGGCGCAAGCCUGGAGCUGUUGGAAGGCAAGACCCUCCCAGGCGUCCUUGCUCUCGACGACGCAUAG